AUGAAGAGCGCAAUUUCACCUUUCAAGAAGAAGUCUCACAGCAGACAAGCGUCAAUGAAUGAUUCGACGACUCAUCAAAGAACAGUAUCAAGCGGUAGUUACAAGCAGCAGCAUGGUCGGACUCCCAGUGCCGGUGGUAUACAUCCUCCUGUUUCUGGUUCUAACAGUACACACAGAAGGACCACUUCAAGGUCGUCUACUUCCUCACAAAAUUCAAAUUUUUUGGCAGAACAGUACGAUAGAGAUAGGAAAAAUAUCAUCAAAUAUUGCUUCAGUAAACCAAACCAGAAGACACAUGAAUUGCCAAACAAUUAUGUCACCCAUGUUAGAAUCAUAGAGGACGCAAGGUAUCCAAGUUCAAGACCGGCUCUUGAUUCUAAAUUGGAAAACAAGAAGAAAAGAGUUCUUAUUGUCAGCUCGGCAGCUAAUGAUGCUAAUGAGAUAUACCUCCAUAAAGCUCGUGAAAAUCCAGAUGGAUCGUUUCAGAUAGGUAGAACUUGGUCGUUGAAAGAUCUUCUCAGGAUUGAAAGAGAUUUACAAGUUGAGGAAGGUUUUAUAGUCACAAUGGGUAAAAAAUAUUAUUGGGAAACAAACACCGCAAAGGAAAGAACCGUUUUUAUAAAGACGUUGGUGAAAAUUUAUAUUCAAGUUUUUGAAGGUCAUGUCCCUGAAUUAAUAAAUUGGGAUUUGAGUACAUUUUAUUUGGAUGAAAGAAGUUAUAAAAGGGCAGUUGUCACUAGAACAAGCGUAACGCCUACACCAAUAGCCUCCCCAGAAAAGGCGAUGGCAUCACUUUCAUUAGAUCAGGCCUCGGUACCCCAGCAUGAAAAUAUUUUGGUUUCUGAACAAAAUAUCACAAGACCACAGAAGUUCGAGACUCCUCUAAAAGCACCAACUGAACAAACCCCACAAAGAAAUUCCUUAACGAAGGCACCUUAUUCAAAAAAUAAAACAACUUUGAAUGAGGCCACAAAUAAAUUAGUUCUUGAAUCCAGUAAUACCGAAAACAACUCUACUGGAUUUCCAACAGGAGUGCCCGAGUUACAACCUUCAGCAAGCUUGACUCAAGUACCCACCUCUCAUAUUAAUGAAUCAAGUAUAUCUAUCCCAAAGUCAAGAAGAAGCGAAAUAGAGCAAAGUAAUGGUUACAUGGAAUCUGAUUUGGAUAACUCAGCGAGAAGAGGCUAUCCUGCUACGAAUGAUACCCUUCUUGAAGAUCUAAACAUUGCACUAAGUGAACAACCUGAUCUUAAUGUUCCUUUAGAAGCGGCUGCUAUACCUUCAACCAACGAACAGGUAUCAUCCAAAUCUAGGUCAAAUGAAUCAGAAAUUUUGCCACUUGAUAUCAAUGCAAAGGAGUCAUCAAAAAGUAAAGAACGUCUUAUGUCAGAAGAACAUUUCAAUAGUCAAGAAGAUGAACUCGACCUGAAUGAAACAAUACAAGAGCAGGAUGUGGAUCUGUCCUUUGAACGGGGAGACGAAGUUCGCUAUAGUCAAUCAUUGGAACCCAAUAAAGUUCACAUGUACCAUGAAGUUUCUACCAUCCAGGAAGAAGAAAAUGCACCAGUGUCUGGCAUCGCUGGUGUCUCAACUGAAGCAAAGUCAAAGAAAAGUUCAAAGAAACACAUACCAAUAAGAGAUGAGGAUCUUUUAGAGGCACUAAUGGAUAUCAACUGGGAACUUGAUGACGACGCAGAUACUCUGUUAGAAAAACUAGAAUCCAAACUUACUGAAACGGAACAGUCAUUCUACAACAACAUGUUGCAGUUACAAGAUUCCGCACCAAAAUUAUCUGCAUUUGAAAUGGAUGUCACGAAGGAAUGUGAUAAACUAAAUCCUUCUUUUUCAAUAUUUUUGAUGGAGAUGAACAAUGUUUCUGAGGAUAUUGAGUACGUUGAGAGUCAACAGAAUGGUUUACAGGUUGAAAGUGCGAAUAAAAAGCUGCUUUGGAAUACACUCUCCGAAUUGAUUAACACUGUCUCUCUUGAUGAAGGUACAUUGAAGGAGUUACUACAAUGCCCUAUUAGAGAAAGAAAUUUACCUUGGAUGGAAGAACAAUUAAAUGCUCUAUCAAACGCCUUAAAAGCUAUUGCAGGUAAAUCGAAAAAGCAAAAUUACAGUCUGAAAGAUAUGGAAGCUUUGAAAAAGAGACGGGAAUAUUACGAAAAAGUUACAGAAUUGUUCCUGAACAGAGUUGUCGAUGAGCUUGGCACAAUGUUUGCUUAUAUAAAAAACGACAGUACCUCAAAAGAUCAAUUAACAAGUAUACUGUCAAGACUUUUGGUUUUUUCCUCACUAGUCCUUUUUUGUAAAGAGGCUUCGAAUGAAUCAUACCGUUCGAUUAUUGAACAAUGGAAUAAAAAUAGUCAAUUAAUUUAUACUAAUAUUUGGAGCAAGAUCUUAAAGGAUAUGAAUUCAGAAAUACCAUAUAGUGAUGAAGUGGAAAAUCCACAAUGGAGCUUCCAACGUCUUUUGAAACAAUGGAAAAAUUACAGACAAACUAGAAAGAUAAUCAAAGAUGAGCCUCUCUCAGUAAAUACCUUAAGCUCUCUUUCUGAGUCUUUCAAUUUAUUGGAAUUACAUUGUGUAACUUAUCAGAAUUUCAUUGGAUCUUUUUUCCACAUUUCAUCAGAUGAAGAUUUCAAUAGCUACGUCACUAAACACAGGGACAUCAAUUCAAGAAUGCUAGCAUUGGACAAAUUGAAGCCCAUGGCAUCUGAUAGAGAAUCUGCAAUAGCAGAGGUUCAAUUGAUCUCUAAAAUAUUCCAAUCAAUUGUUUCACAGAUAUCUACCUCUCUUUCAGAUAUGACUAAAAAUGAUCAUUCUGUGACUAUUUCUGUGAUGCUAAUACUAGAAAAUAAAUUGAAGAAGUUGGAGUCAUCAAAUCAGGAAUUCUUACAAUCUGCAUUAAAUAGACUCUACUCUCAAAUGAAACAAACAUGGUCUGAUUUUGUUGAAGAGCAAAUCAUGCGCGCUGAAAGAUCAGUUUUUGAUUUAACAAACGAAGAGGUUUCUGGCGCUUGCUUAGAGCUUCCUUUACUUGUAAAAAAUUUGGAAGACUGCAUCUUCUACAUUAAGGAAAAGCUUUCUAUCGAUGAUUCUGACUCAUAUGAGACAAUUAGCAUUGUGAAAGUAUCGUAUGAUACCUUGACUAAAACUAUAAUCAGAGUGUUCUCUGAAACUCGUGAUGUGGGCACUUCUGUGAAUAUCCAAAAGAAGAGUGUCACCCCUGAAAAGUUUACUGAACUGAGAACCACUUUAAUCAAUUUUAACUGGUUUAUAGAAUUAUUGGCUAUUUUCAACUCUGAUUUGAACGGUACGUUUGAUGAGGUGAUAAUAUCAUCUAGAAAAAUAUUCGAUACGGAGAAAGAUGCUUAUACAAGCUACUUACUUUUAGAGGCAAUGCCAAAGCUUGCUUCCUUUGUGAAUGGCGCUUACCAUCUGUUAGAAAGUGGCUCAAAUGCAUCCUCUUUAUCUUCAUGGGGUGCCUACAGCAAACAGAACCUCGACAAUAUUUUAAAUGGUUAUACUUCCACUGAAAUUGAUUUAUUGGUAGAAAAAUUACAUGAAAGGAUGGUAUCAUACUUUUCUUGGAGCCAAUUUUAUCAAAUUAAUGAAAUUUUAUGCGAUAAGUUGUGGUCAUCACUUCAAGGACAAACCGUCUCUCUUUAUCUGAAGUUGUACACUUUGAUCGACAAGCAUUAUAAAAAUGCACACUGCCGCUUCACUAAGAAUGAUAUUAUAAGUGCAUUUGAAAGAUAUAAAAACUGA